AGUUUUAGUUUUAUGUAGUAAAUUCUUCUCCCACUGUUGCAGUGCGCUUAAUUCAAACGAUUCGUUCAGAUGUAAUUUAAUCAUUAAAAAAAGAAAAGAGAAAGAAAAAAACAACCAAUGAAAACUGCACCUUAUCACUGUCAUCCGUUGCAAGCGAUUUUUUAUCUACUUUUUUCUUCUUUUUAUAUAAAAAAAAGCGAACAAGCGAGGAGUGAAACGCUUCAUUCCACAACUAAUGUAACAACUUGUCGGACAUGCUAACAAGGUUCCACAGACGAUUCCGCUCCAAAGCACUCCUCUCCAUCCUCUUUACGGGAAUCGUCCUCAUUACCCUCUCUUACUACCUCCCCAUUCAUUCUCAGGAAGAUUUCGGACUGCUGCCCAGACCAUCCUCAUCGCCUCCCUGGUGGCACAGGUUGUGGACCACCACUUCCGAUGCUUGCAAAGUGGGCACACCGAAACCCUCCUCUCCUAGGAUUGACACGGGAGAUGUUUAUCCCAAUUUGGACUUUGGCGUUCCAGAUAACAGAGCUAUCGGGUUUUGGAACGAAGAAUUAGAAAGCCGUUAUCGGAAGAUAAGGAACACGUGGAAGGAAUUGCCAUUGGAGGUUAUUGUUGUACCUCAUUCUCAUGUGGAUCCCGGAUGGCUGAGAACCUACGACGAUUAUUUUUCCAAUUCCGUCACUCACAUUCUGGAUAAUAUGGUCUCCUUCCUCAACAAGACAAAGGAUUUCAGGUUCAUAUGGUCCGAAAUCAGCUACUUUGCAGACUGGUGGGACAAGCAAACUGAACAAACAAGGAAGACAGUAAGAGCAUUACUAGACAGAAAACAGUUAGAAAUCGUGACAGGAGGAUGGGUUAUGACAGACGAAGCAACUACAAGCUACUUUUCAAUCAUCGAUCAGCUUAUUGAAGGUCACCAAUGGUUGAAGCAGUUCACUCAAUCGAUCCCGCAGAGUGGAUGGUCAGUGGACGUUUUCGGCCAUUCUGCUAGUGUGCCCUACAUACUCUCCGCGUCUGGAAUAUCGGAGACCGUCAUCUUGCGAACACAUUAUUCCUGGAAAGCAUUCUUGGCCAAAGCGAGAUCGUUCGAUUUCUAUUGGGAGCAGCCAUUCGACGCUCCACGAACUUUGUGUCACAUGGCUCCCUCCGACCUGUACAGUUUCAAGUACACGUGUGGUCCUGAUCCAUUUUCCUGCUUGAAAUACGACUUCCGGAAAGUGGGAGGGGAGUACUCAGAAAGUACAGCAGACGAAAUAACCGACAGCAACGUUGAGCUGAAAGCCAGCUACUUGAUUUCUCAGUAUGGAAGGUACGCAUCGCUUUUUAGUCACAACGUGCUCCUUGUACCUUUAGGCGAUGAUUUCCGGUAUAAUCUGUACAUGGAGUGGGUACAGCAGUAUGAAAACUAUCAAAAACUGUUCGAUUUCAUAAAUAAUAAGAAGGAAUGGAAUGCGCGAAUGAGGUUUGGUACGGUUAGCGAUUAUUUUAACACAGUAAAGAAAAGACUGGACCAAUCUCUUAGCAAUACUUCACUUUCAUCUAUUGUGGGGGAUUUCAUGCCCUAUGCCGACAUUUAUGCUGAUGCAACACCUUCGUACUGGACAGGCUAUUAUUCUACUCGGCCCUUUUAUAAGAAACUGUCUCAGGAACUUGAGCACUGGCUCCGAACUUCGGAGAUUUUGUACUCUCUGGCUAAAACUAAAAUCGACGUUUCAGCUAAGUAUAUUUUUACGAAAGAUUAUAAACUCUUGAUGUCGGCUAGGCGAAAACUGGCUCUUUUUCAACACCACGACGCUGUGACCGGAACUUCUAAAGAAGACGUAAUGGCAGACUAUGGUCAGAAGCUUCAUACGGGUGUCAUCGAUGCUAUGACGGUUACAUCCCAUGUGACUCAAAUGCUCUUGAUGGAAAAUAAAAACGAUGGUUCGACAUGGACAUCUCAAAUUUUUCCGGAAGCUUACAGACCUUCUUGGAAUGAACAGACAAAACACUUGCGACUUCAAAUACCGGAGGAAGGAAGGAAAAUUGUUUUGUUUAAUUCUCUCACUUUCGAACAUUCAGAGGUCAUUCGUCUGAAAGUCAAAAGAUCAGAAAUCCGAGUUCUGGAUUCUACGGGAAAGCAAGUGAUGUCACAAAUCAAUCCGAUUUGGAAUGACCCAUUGGUUAUGUCCAACAACCUGUACGAGCUAGUGUUUGUAGCGACAGUGAAGCCCCUGUCGUAUUCCGUAUAUUCCAUUGUCCAAGUGGAUGACAAGAAUUCAGACAAUUCAAUAAAAUCCACGAUUUCGCUUUAUUUGAAAGAUGAUUUAUCAACAACACUCAAGCAUUCCGUUUUCAAUUUCGAAAAACCCGUUGAUGAAAACAUAAAUUUAGAGUCUUCUCAACUUUUGGUGACAUUUUCCUCGACGGGAGUGUUAAAAGAAGUUUAUAACAAGAGAUCUAAAAAAUCGCAAUCGAUAAAUUCCGAUUUCAGAGCCUACGUUCCCAAAGAAUACCGCAGCGGUGCCUAUCUGUUCGAACCUACAAGCAACGAACCGAUGGCCGUUAGCAAUUUAACCAAUCAUUUUCCUAUGCUGUGCAUCGUGCGUGGUCCAGUUCUUUCUGAACUGAUAAUUGUCUAUCACAACUUCCUGAAAGUAACGUUCCGCGUUUACAACUUCGCUGCAUCUCCGACAGGUUUACAGAUAGAAGUAUCUCCCGAUUUAUCGAACCUACCUAGGGAUGUCGAACUAGUCAUGAGAAUAUCAAGCGAUUUAAAAAAUUCGGGCAAUUUUUUCACGGAUUCGAAUGGAUUGCAAAUGCUGAAGCGUCAGUAUGUGCCGAAACUUCCAGUUCAAGCAAACUAUUAUCCUACUACGAGUGCCAUCUAUAUUGAGGAUGAAAGAUCUAGAUUAUCACUUUUAGUUCCUCACAGUCAUGGAGCCACGUCCCCCAAUCAUGGAACCAUAGAGCUCAUGAUUGAUCGAAGAAUGAGAACAGACGAUAGCCGCGGAAUGGGGGAAGGAGUUAUGGACAACAGACCAAUAUCAACGACAUUUUGGCUUGUACCGGAAUCAAUCACGAAUCAAAAUCAAAUCCCACCCUCUUUGACUCGAGAGUCAUUUUUACUUUCGCUGACUUUACAAUAUCCGAUGAUUAUUCUGUUAGAAGAUGGUGGUGACACUAGAUUAAGAAAAUCGGACCUAUCAUUCUUAUCGACAUCUUGGUCAGCCGAUGUGCAUUUGGUCAACAUGCGCAAUUUGCCAUUAGAAACGAAUUAUCGCUUACCUUCCAACAACUCUUUGAUGAUAAUCCACGAGAGGUUUGGCAGUUGCAAAUCGGAAGGGUUUGUUGAUGCUAUUGUGUCGAAUUCAAAAAAAGCUUCGUUUUCUGAAGUGAAACUCUCAUCCGCCAUUAAAACCACACUAACUGGCACGGCGUCUUUUACGGAAGAGAAUUACGUUUCCACCUCAAAAUUGCAAUCUUGUAAAUUAGUUUUUAAUUAACAUCACGGCUGGAUUUAUCACAUGUCUACAGUGACUCCUCACCAAGUCUCAAAUACAAACAUUUGGGAGAUCAUCAGUUCUCCAGAAAAAUAUAGAAGUUUCUUUAAAAAAAUCACAAUUCGUUUUUCUAAGCAAAGAAAAAAAAAAUCAAUGUAUGAAUGUCUAGUUAUUUCUUUAACUUAAAUUUAAAAUGUUUUUACCAUGACAUUGACGCUUUGCAAGAGUUCAGUGUUGUAGUGCAUAAUACUAUGAGGAUUAAGAAUCACUGACUAAUAUAGUUUGUCUAAGCUAAAAACUCAUCCCGCCUCAAAGUCUGAGGCCGUCUAGUGCUAUGGAAACAAGAAUGACGCAUUUUAGGGAGGAUAGCUUCACUCUAGGACUAGCACAAUAGAUCAAAGAAAAGUAUUCCCCUUCUCUCCCUCUGACCCGUGCCGAAACCACUCCAAAACAGUGAUCCCACACCCCUACUUGAAAUAGUCAAACCUCUUUACCAUAGUCACUGCUACAGGUCCAAACGAAUGUCUGGGGGAGUUCUUGAUUUAGACAAACUAUGUUUUUGUUUGUUUUUACUUUAUAACCUAUUUGUUAAAUUACUUUCGUUUUUCUCCUCUGACAUAAGAAGGGUCUUCUGUAGAUCAAAAAUUUCAUUUUAAUAUUUAUCCUUGUUUUCAGAAAUCUAGUCAAAAACUACAUUUGUGAUAAUUCUUUUACCAAAGAAGUAUGAUGAUUAGUUAAAAAUUGUGUUGGAAGUUGUCAGUUAUAUAAAUGUUACAUUAUUUA